AUGGCGCCUUAUCAAAGGCCACAGGGAUACAAUAAUCAAAAUCAGCAACAGGGGUAUCACCCUCCUCAGCAGCAGCAUGGUAGACGGCAGGAAGAUGGAGACUUAGACUUGGAGCAAAAGAGGGCUCGAGAAAGCAGACAGGCUGAGACACUUGUACCAGUGCCCAUUGAGCUAGACGAGUCAACAAAAUUGACUGAGGUAAAUAUUCCAUUGAUAGAUGCUUUGAAGAAGAUGCCUGGUUAUGCAAAAAGGAUGAAGGACUUGAUGUCCCGAAAGUUCGAUUUCCAAGAACUGGCCACGGUGACACUGACUCUAACCUGCAGUGUGGUGGUGACGAGACCAAUUACUGAGAAGCUAUCUCAUCUAGGGAGUUUCACAAUUCCAUGUACCAUUGGUAAUUUUGCUUUCGCCAAAGCGUUGUGUGAUUUGGGGGCUAUCAUAAAUCUUAUGCCAUUGGCGAUCUAUAAGAGGUUGGGGAUUGGAAGAGCUAGAUCCAUUUCUAUGUUGUUACAGCUGGCUGAUAGGACCGUGAAAAGACCCUCUGGUAUCUUGGAUGAUGUGUUGAUUCAGGAGAUGUUGGAUGUGGUGGUUGCUUUCGACAAAUUCAGAUCAUACCUGAUUGGCUCUAAGGGCUGCAAUGAAUAUCAGCGAAUCGGGAACAUUUCCCAUUGCCAUGAGAUGCCCAUGAACCCGAUUCAAGAGGUAGAAAUGUUUGAUGUCUGGGGGAUUGACUUCAUGGGACCCUUCGUCAGCUACUUUGGAAAUAAGUACAUACUUGUUGUUGUAGAUUACGUGUCCAAAGGGGUAGGAGCUACAGCAUUGCCCACUAAGGAUGCAAGAGUGGUGGUAGGGUUUUUGAAGAAGAACAUAUUUACCUGUUUUGGGACCCCGAGAGCGAUUAUCAGUGACGGAGGCACCCACUUCUGUAAUCGAGCCUUCGAGAAGUUGCUAGCAAAGUAUGAUGUAUGCCACAAUGUGGCAACACCAUAUCAUCCGCAAACCAGUGCACAGGUGGAAGUGUCUAAUAGAGAGAUAAAGAGUAUAUUGACCAAGACGCUGGUGUUCGGGAAGGCCUGCCACUUGCCAGUGGAACUUGAACAUAAAGCUUGGUGGGCACUAAAACAGUUGAACCUAGACAUUGAGGCUGCGGGCACAACGAGAAUCACUGAACUGCAUGAGCUUGACGAAUUCCGAUAUCUGGCUUUUAAAGGAGAACAAGGUACUAUGGCUCCAUCUCGAAAAUGUCGCGCCAUAGGUGCCUCUUAUAGCAGCCAAGCUGGCUCGUCCAGGGCGUGCGGGUCAGCCCCAGCUCGCCCAUUUAAUAGUAGCAGGUUUGUCUCUGCCAAAGCCCAGAACCGCUUUGCGGAUAAAGCCCCUAAAAAGACGAUACCGGGAAAGGGGAAUUGA